AUGGCAGACAACAGUUUUGGUGCGUGCAUGGAACAGCAUGUGGUGGUGAAGUUUCUUGUGAACGAAGGCAUAAAACCUGCAGAUGUCUACAGAAGACUUCAAGCACAGUACAGUGAAGAGAUUUCAACGGUGUAAAUGUUUCAAAGGUGGCUGUACAUCCAUCAGUGAUGAUCCUGGCCAUGGUGGUUCCCAGCCCACAGCAGUCAUUCCUGUGAACAUUUAGCGCGUGGAACACCUUAAGUAAGGGCAGAUGAUUCAUAUAGCAUUUACUAUAGUACCUUGCCAUCGGGCAAGUGUACUUAGCUGAGAAAGAU